AUGUCCCCAGGAACCCUGGUAGCGAUGAUGAGCCUCGCCAAAGACAAUAUUGCGGAUCUGCGAUUGCUGAUAGCACGGGAUAUUAUUCAACAUCCGCCCCGAGCGCCUUUUAAUAACUCCAAAUGUGAACGAAGAACGCUGCUGCCUAAGGAUACUACGAGCAAUUUAUAUAAGUUAAAGGGCGGAAUAUGCAACUGUUCCAAGGUUGUUCCAACUUCUUAUUGGGCGGCCAAGCCCAAGGUCCACCAUAGUGCUAGAUGGGAGUGCCCCUGGCUGUUCCGGGUUAGCGACCGUAUGAUCCUUGAUGGGGUUAAGAAUCUUGGAGGUUUCCAUCGCCUGCCCAGGCCGCUAACUACCAGUUCCACCGGCGACGGGGUGAGCGAGUGUGCGGAGCGCGCGGAGCCCGACCUGCGGGGACCGCUGCGUCGUGAUCGUAAACCUGCCCCACGAAAACCAAGGGAUUUUGAGCUAAGAUGCUUGCUUCGUUCAGACAACAUGAGCGGUCUUUGCAAGCACGUCAAGGAAAGGGUGCUAAUCCUCAUCACGGCCCAGCAGGGCUGUUCAGAAACUACAAACGGCUUUCAGGAUGAAUCUCAGAUCCCCAGGAUCGAGGCGGAGUUAGUCGAUUUUCGAAACUUUAGAGACACUGCCCGUUCUGAAAUGCCCGCCCAUGUCAACAAUAAUGCUGCCAUAAGGGCAGCAAAAAGUAAGCGAUGCUACGAGCAAGGUGGAAUAUUCCAUUUCUGA